AUGGAGCAGAUGGACGUUGGAUUGUGGAGGUGCCUCGCACAGGAGACAUGUCAGGACGUUUCGUCAUGCACAACGUGGUCGGUGUCUACAAGGCCUACCUCUGCCACGCCGUCGCUGGCCGCACCCCAAUCCAGGCCUCCAUCUGCUAGCAAGGAAGCAUCUGAGUGGACAUCAAGUCCUAUCAGCAGUGCCCCAGAGCCCCUUAGGAGUGUGCUGGCGGCUCCAAGUGCCUCAAGCAUGCAGCAGGCCCUAUCCGAGGAUUUUCAAAUUGAGGAAGACUAUAGCGAGGACAACGGCUUGGAAGAAGAAAUCGAGCGGAUGCGAGCUGGCAGAGCUGGCAGGACGGCAAGACCGUGUCCUGAACAGCCCGAGCAGCCUGAGCAGUGCGAGCCGUGCCCAGUUCCGCUAGAGCCCAAGCCGCCUUCACCUUCCGUUCGCAGUCAAGGCAGUCAAGGCCGACCGAAAUCUGCAGAUCACAGGAUGAAAGCAAGCCAUGGCGCCUCAACUGGAUUUGAUUCAGCUCGCUCCAGACGGCCGCGUUCCGUGGUUGCGGAGGUUCGAUGUGACCAAGUUAUCUCUCGCCACCUCCCAGAACGGGAGGUGCAGUCCAAGAUGAUCUCUGUGCUGGCUCGACAGCUGGAGCGUCUGCGAGACUGCAUUCCAGCUUUUGCGGCGCAGUGGCAAGCAGUUGAAGCCUACAUGCAGAAGGAGCAGCACAAGGUGGCCGAGAAGGUACGAGAGGUCCAGGCAUUGCAGGAGGACACUCGCAUGAUGCAGGAAAUGCAUAGCCAACAGUACGAGCUGCUCCUCAGGGGCUUGCAGCGCAAGGUGGAUGAAGCUAAGGCAUCUUGGCAGAAGUGGCAGCAUGAAAUGGAGGCAUCCGCUCACGAGGAGUAUGAGCUGCACAGGAAGGUAGUUGCCACUGAAGAGCAGAGUAGAUCCUUGAGAGAUGCUCUUGACAAGACAUGGAAGCAGAUGGAAGAUGUCCAGCAGGUGGUACUUCAAGGCCAGUCCAUUUUGGAGGCUCGGGCUCAGGGAAAUUGGUCCAUGGAGGACCCGUCAGAGGAGCCAACCGCUGCUGCAGAACUCCGGCACAUGGAGCAGGAGCUGAAGAGGCACAUCGGGGUUCGAGAACAGAUCAAGUUGUGCCAUGCUCAGCUUGAAGAAGCCGAUAAGGCCAUGGCAGAGCAGCACGCUUAUGCAGCCCGCUUGGAGCAGUUUAUCAGGAAGAUCUCCGGAGGAGGAGGUCGCUACGUGUUGCCAACAGCUUUAAAGCGCGAAGCGCAACGGCAUCUGAAAAUGGCGUCGGUUUUGCAGGCAAAUGCCGUGCGUGAUGGGCUGCUUCAGGAGCAGCCCUAG